AUUACUCCCCAACCCCAUACAUACUUCACUUCUAAGUUUCAAUUUUCUCUCUUCCGAAUCAAAUAAUCUUCAUGUAUAUCGCACAGAACAGGACAGGCCGGCGAAUGUGCAUGAAUUGGACCCCCCAUUUUCUGUGAUCGCCAAUGGCGGCUCUACAGUCAUCUCUCAGACCCACUUCUUCGUCUUCGUCGCAGGGCUUCAUUUCCAGGCUCUUGUUGCUGUUAACUGUCCUUUUGCUGAGCCUCGCGGCCUUCGCAUUCGUGCUGCAGUGGCGGGGUGGAUUCGACGACCCAACGACCCGCUGGGCGCCAGACCGCACGGAGUUCCCGGGUAUGGGCAGCUCCGGGUCUGUCCACUCGUCGUCGGACUGUAGGGAUCUUUUGGGUCGCAGCCGGUCGCCUUCGUUCCCGUAUUAUAAGGAUUGGACGUUCCGUUAUGGUUCUGAUCUGAGGCCCAAGCUGUGUAUUACUACAAGCACUUCUGCUGGCUUAGAGCAGACGCUUCCUUGGAUCUUCUUCCAUAAGGUUAUUGGAGUUUCAAACUUUUUCCUAUUUGUUGAAGGGAAAGCUGCUACGCCUAAUGUAUCCAAAGUCCUAGAAUCAAUUCCAGGAGUAAAUGUUAUAUACAGGACAAGAGAAUUAGAAGAGCAACAAGCUAGAAGCCGAAUCUGGAAUGAGACUUGGUUGGCGAGUUUUUUUUACAAACCUUGCAACUAUGAGUUGUUUGUCAAGCAAUCCCUCAACAUGGAAAUGGCUAUAGUCAUGGCAAGGGAAGCUGGUAUGGAUUGGAUCAUUCAUCUUGAUACUGAUGAGCUGAUUCAUCCAGUAGGUACUCAUGAGUACUCUGUGAGACAGCUCCUAGCAGAUGUCCCUGGGAAUGUUGAUAUGGCUAUCUUCCCUAAUUAUGAGAGUAGUGUUGAGAGAGAUGAUAUUAAAGAACCAUUCAGUGAGGUGUCGAUGUUCAAGAAGAAUUAUGAUCAUCUUCCAAAAGAUACAUACUUCGGCAAUUACAAAGAAGCAACACGUGGCAAUCCUAACUAUUUUUUGACUUAUGGAAAUGGAAAAUCAGCUGCACGCAUACAAGAUCAUCUUCGUCCUAAUGGUGCCCACAGAUGGCACAAUUACAUGAAGACCCCAAAUGAAAUCAAACUGGAUGAGGCUGCUGUUCUGCAUUAUACAUACCCCAAAUUUUCAGAUUUGACAUCACGACGUGAUCGGUGUGGCUGCAAGCCUACAAAGGAGGAGGUCAAAAGAUGUUUCAUGUUAGAGUUUGACCGAGCUGCAUUUAUAAUUGCUUCGACUGCAACAGAAGAUGAAAUGCUUCACUGGUACCAUGAACACAUUGUGUGGACUGACAAAGCACUAAAUAUGAAACUUCUGAGGAAGGGCAUAUUGACCCGCAUUUAUGCUCCCAUGGUCAUUGUGCAAGGUUUAAGAGAAUCUGGAAUUUUCAGUUCUGUAAUUGCAGCGGUGCAGACGUCUCUCUCAAGGGACAAAUCUUUAUCGUCCACUGAGAGCAAUAACAGCUCUGUAGCCACAGAGUCCUUGGGAAUUUCUUCAAGAAAGAUCGGGAAAAGCAGAGAAUCGCAAGCAACUGUGAGGAAGGUCCUGGAAAUUGCGGAGUCUGAUUCUUCAGCAAUGCCGCCAGUAUCUCCUCCUGGCUUGGAUGAUGUCCACAUCAAUAUAUAGAGAGUCCUUUUGCUUUUCAUAUUCACUGUCCUCUUUCAAGUUGCCCCUUUGUAGCCAGCCUUGAUCGAUAGCUUCUCCGCCGAAUAUGGCUUAAAAUGGACAGAAGCUUUUGAGAGGGGAGGGCUGAAAGGAGGAUUGGUGGAAGAAGCCGAAGCCAGUUUGCAGGUCCGGCUGGCUGUUUCAUGGGGAUAUUCCCGAUCAUUAACCAAGCGUCGAUGUACAUUGUCAUACAGACAGACAGACAAAGGAUGUAGGGAAGCUAGCUAGGGACAGUUUGAGUUACUUUGAUGUAUACCACCACCAUGCUUACUAUUUUGGUGCAGGAGAUAAUGAGAGUAGCUUGGCCGUCUCUCCAACUACAAGCUAGGAUAUGCUGCUAAUAUAUAUAUAUAUAGGAAACUUUCGAAUACAACGCAACGCAAUGCAGUGCAUGUGUCUAUUUUGUUUGCUGUGUAUACCAAACCGCCCUAUCCAGAUAGAAACAGAAGAAGGUGAGAAUUGAGAUGACUGAAGAUUUUACUCUUCGGUUAGGAAAUGGUGAAGAUUUCAUUUGCUGUUUUGUUCA